AUGAAGGACCGCUGCUGGAGCAUGGGCUGCCGUCCAAGCUUGGAGAACGAGGUCUCGCUCCGCUCCGCGCACGUCACGGCGUGUACGGUGCACGCGUCCCGAGGCGGCUACGGCUUGAAGUACGAACUUGAAAUGAUAGCGGUCGACGGUGACGUUAUCCGCGCGUGGCUCGACUACGACACACUGCGCGCGCUUGCUGCGUCGCUGCGUAGUGCCUCGUCGCCCGACCUCCCGCGCCACAUUGUCGGCGGGUCCCCGGACAGAGCUAUCGUGGCCAUGAACAGCUUCCUCACCGCCGCGCUGGCGGAUGUCACGACUGCGUGGUCGUUUGGCUUUGACGACGGCAGUCUCUUCUCCAAGCAACGCGCCGACGUCACGCUCGUGCCGAUGCGCACGUCGCGCGCCGCCUCGCACGCGAUCCUCGAGUCGCCUGUCGGGACGCUGGAUGCUACGUCAACGGUGCGCGGGUACCCAUCUUUGGAUGCCCGGGACGAGCUCGUGCCGCUGGCCAUCACCGUCGUGGGCAGUCGUGUCGUGCAAGCGGCGUUCGCAGAGUAUGGCCUGGAGAUCGCGACAUCGGAAGGCAUGCUCGUGCGCGUGUGGCACCGCCACAAGGACCUGCGGGCGUUCGGCCUCUUGCUCAAGCGCGCUCAGCCGUGGGAGUGGAAGCAGCUGCCGCCCAUGCCACCGCGCACGCUUCUCCGCAGCUUGCGCCCGUCGCUUUUGGCCGCCCGCGAAGGUGCGUGGGGCGCCUUCCUUUCCGCGCUGCUCACGUCCAGUACCUUGCGCUGGGCGAUUGACAUUGACGAGACGACGCGCGUCGUCAAGCGUCCGCUCGCGCUGCACUGCGUCGUCUUGCCUCUUCGUUUCUAA